CACUCCAUACAGGUGUCUGGGGCAGAGGGAACGGACCCGGUCCGUAUUGAGGUUGAGUCUGUGAGUAACGAGGACCUGCCAAUCGUGGAGAUCCUCACCACCUUCAAUGCCAGCUCCCUCAGUAGCCAGACCAGCGGCUCCUUCUCUCAGAACCUCCAGGACCCCCAUGUGCCCACCGCUCCACUCCAGGAGCCCCCUGCCCCCAUCCCAAAGAGCCAGGGCCUGCUCACCCCACCCAGCUACCUGCCUUCCAUGCGCUUCAUCAAGGUCCGGCCCUUCAUGCACGGUAUGGAAGCCUCAGAGGACACAAUGACUCUCCAUCUAUGCGUCAAGAAUUUUCUCUCAUGGUUAAUUUCUGGUGGUUCAGAUGACGGCUUGGUGGAGACUAAGACUCUAUGGAGCCAGCUCCUGGCACACUGGCUGCUGCUGGUGAUUGCGUGUGGUCUACUGGCCCUGAGUCUAGCCCUAGGCAUUGGGCUUGGAGUGGGAGUCAGCUGCACGGGGAAGUUCCACUGUAGCACAUCCACUUUGUGUUUUGCCAGAUCCGCGCAGUGUGAUGGAGUCAGCGACUGCGCAGAUGGGGAGGACGAACUGCAAUGUGUGCGUCUGAGUGGGAGGAGCUCUGUGCUGCAGAUCAACAGUAGGGGUGUAUGGAGGACUGUGUGCUCCACCAACUGGGAUCACACACUGGGUUAUUCUGCCUGCAAACAGCUGGGAUACUCCAGCUACAUCAGUUCCAGAUCCCUGCCUCUCUCCUCUGUCGAGUCGGCCUUCCAGGUUAACCUGGUAUCAGUCAACCUGAGUCAUCCAGAUCGCCAGCAGACUGUCAAGAUCCAUAACACCACCUUCCUCAGUAAGACCCAGUGCAGCUCUGAGAGUGUGAUCGUACUCAAGUGCCUAGAUUGUGGCUCCAGGCCCAUGUUCCGGUCUCGUAUUGUGGGAGGGAACGUCUCCAAACCAGGCCAGUUUCCCUGGCAGGCCAGCCUGCACUAUCAGAACCAACACCUCUGUGGGGGCUCCAUCAUCACACCACGCUGGAUAGUGACAGCAGCACACUGUGUCUACGGGUUUGCAACAAACACCAUGCUGUGGGCGGUGCAUGUGGGAUUGACAGAUCAGCCAGUCAAUGGGGUGCUGUCUCGCUCUUUGGAGAAGAUUAUCUACCAUGCCAGCUACCAACCCAAGGGCUUAAACUAUGACAUCGCUCUAUUGAAGCUUACAGAGCCUCUUACCUUUAAUGGUCUGGUUGAGCCUAUCUGCCUGCCGAACUAUGGGGAGAGAUUUGAGGAGGGGAAGAUGUGCUGGAUCUCUGGGUGGGGUGCCACAGUGGAUGGAGGGGAGACCAGUGUGUCCAUGCACUCUGCCCAGGUCCCUGUGCUCUCCAGCAGGGACUGCAGUGGACCAGGAGUGUACCAGGGAGCCAUCUCCCCUUGGCUUGUCUGUGCAGGCUACCUAGAGGGCGGCAAAGACUCUUGCCAGGUAUCCUUCAGAAGUGGACCUCAGAGUUCCAUGCACCAUUUGUCUAAAGGACAAAGUGUAGACAAAAAGCACACAGCGAAGACAAACGGUUAA